AUGGCUAGCGUUGAUUUCACACCAAUCGGUAAAAAGAGACCAAAUACCAAAUUCCAAGUAAUUCGAGGCUACAAUGCAGAAGAGAAUCGACCCAACAACCGAAAUUUGUUUCAUACAUUGAAGGACUCGACAAACAUCCACCAUGAUGUAGGUGACUUUAGUUUCGACGAGACUACAAGAGAGUGGGAAGACGACUUUAAAAAGCAAGCGGUGUCAACUAAGCCCCAUAAGAGAUCACCAAGGCAUGAAACAGUGUUUGCAAAUGUAGGAUUGGGGGUCAACCAGCUGGAGGAAAUUAUACACCGCUUGGAGUCUGAAGCGUUAAGCUGGAAGAUUAAAUACAAAGAGCUUCUCAAGUUAGUUGAGGAAAUGGAGGUUGACAGUAAUAUGAUUGAAGUUAAUGCAGAACUUAAAAGUCAAUUGAAGUUGAUGGAGGAGAGGUUACAACGUACUGAGAAGGACCCACAGAAGGACCCACAGAAGGAGAAAUAUCUUCUCGAACUCGAACACAAGGAUAAGAUGAUUCACCGAUUGAUUAGAGAUAUGGAGAAAUUGGAAAAAGAGUUACAAUCACAUGACAAAGAUGAUAGUGAGGAAUUGAAACACGAGUGCUUACAGUUGAGACAGAAGCUUAGCAUUUACGAGGAAAAGCUAAGCGAUUACGACAUGGUUAGAGAAGGCAAUUCGGAAAUUCGCAAGCAAUCGCAGGAGGAUAGCAGGCAAAUAAAAGAAUUGAAACGAAUAAUCGAAGAAAAUGACCAGAUACACCGGUCAGAGCUAGACCAUUUGAAGUUGUUGCUAGCAAAUGCCGAACUCAAGUUGAAUACAGCUCAAAAGGAGGUCAAUACGAUGAAAGAAAAGUCUUCUGAUACUCUGCAAGCAAGGAGACAUUUUCAGGCUGAUUUGAACGAACUCAGCGAUGUAAAUCAAGGUCUCAGAAAACAACUUGAUAGUCAGCUGCAGAAGCUGAAACAGUUGCAAGCUGAUGUGGAUGCGCUUACGAGGACCAAACUGGAUUUGUUGCGCCAGAUAGAGCACGAAAGAAACAAAUCAAACGAUUUAGCCAGUGACGUACGCCAGUAUGACAAAGACAAUAGAUUAUUAGUGGACAAGCUUGAUAAAGAGAAAGAACGAGUAAAAGACCUUGUGAGCGAAGUUCAAAUAGCGCAAAGAGCCAUAGAGCGAGGAAGACAUGAGCAAGCAGAAAUGGAAAGAUUGUUGGGGAAGACUAACAACCACUUGGAAAAUGUUGAUGCUGAAAGAGUGAGCUCAUUGAAGAAAGAACAGUCACAGUUGCAGAACAAGAUGAAAGAGGUAGUUUCUCAUUGUCAAGACUUGGAAGAAGAGGUAACCUCGUUAAAGACCAAAUUGAAGAAUAAAGCAAACUCCAACCUCGAGCAGGAGGCUCAGAUCCAUACUCUCGAGGAGGAAAAUUUACACUUGGCUCUUGAUCAUGAAAAACUCGCUUCAACGAAUCAGUCAUUGAAAAACGAAAUUGAAAAAAUGAAAGCUGAUCUUCAAAUUUGCCUCCACGAGAUUGACCAGCUCGAAAACUUGAACGAGAUGGAGUCGGAAAAACGAGUGUCGCAGUUGUUGUCAAGUGAACAUGCUCUCAAAGAGGAAGUUUCAUCGUUAUCAAAGUUGGUUCUCCUGUUGGAGGAAGAAUUGAGAUUGCUAAAAGAGGAGGGUCAAGACAACAAAGAACUCUUUGAUGACAACAGGGAGCUAGUGAGAAAACUCAAAGAGAUGCAACGAAUCCUUGAAGAUUUGGGAGUCUCAAGUAAAGAAGAGUUAGACAUUUUUGAGACCAACGUGAGAGACAGAAUAAUGACUAUGAAAAAUGAGUUGAAGGAUAGCGAUUUGCUUGUGAGAAAGUUGGAAAAUGAGCUUAAAAAGACCCACGAGGAAAUCAGAUUCUUACAAGAUAGGGUAGUCAGCAAAGAGGAACAACUCAAGUCAGUAGAGAGUCUAUUGAAUGGUGACAAAAAGGAAGAAGAAUCAGCCAUUCAAGCAUACCAAGAAUUCCAACUCAAAAAGGCUCGAGAGGAGCUCAGUGGAAUCACAGAACAGCUAAAAAAUACUAAAUUGGACCGUGAUGCAGAAAUCGCCAGAGUAGAAAAGUCGAACAACGAUAAAGUGAAAGAGCUACAGGAUCAAAUAAGCGACUACAAGUCACAGUUGAGCAACUCCACCAAAGACUACAGAAAGCUUACGGAAAAAAUGUUGGAGUACAAAACCAAUCUCAAGUCAGUUGAGGAUAUCGAGCGGGUCAAGUUUUACAUAAACGGUUGGCAAUACUUUAAACAAAGAUAUAGGGAUGCUGCGCUCAAGGCGCUGGAUUACAUGUUCAUGUAUGACUAUGCUAUCAAUCAAAUCAAAAACAGUCGAUUUAAAGUUAGUGAUGAUUCAAAGUUGGCUGUUGUUGGGUUAUAUCCGGAAUACGUUGGUGGAUCAACGAAACCUAAGCGCACUUUCAAAGGUUUGGCACUAUCUGUGAUAGCAUCAAUAAGGCUAAGCAAGCGGACCAAAUAUGAAAAGACCAGGUUUAAGGAAUUGAACAAGACGAGGAAAGAAUUGGACGACGCUAGGACAAGGUUUAAGAAUAAAGAGAAACCUAAAGCCAUGAGUGAAGAACCACUAUCAGAAAUUUCUUCUUCAACAUCAUCCUUUGUACCGGUCCAUGUGCAAGAUGCAAUCCAGGUCAUUGAUGAGAACAAAGAGUUCAACAAUGCGAUUUUAGAUUACAUUGGCAAGACGUCACUGGCAAAUGUGGGCCACAAUUAUCACAUUGUGGCAGUGUUUGGGUCACAAUCAACGGGUAAGUCAACGUUGUUGAAUAACUUAUUUAAUACUAAUUUUGAUGUCAUGAACGAACACAGUAGACAACAAACAACCAAAGGUAUUUGGUUGGCUCAUUCUCCAGGAGUUUCAACAACAUCUGGCCACGUUUCCACAAAAUCAAACAUUCUUGUUAUGGACGUUGAAGGGACUGACGGAAGAGAAAGAGGUGAGGAUCAGGAUUUUGAGAGGAAAGCCGCCUUAUUUGCAUUAUCCACGUCGGAAGUAUUGAUCCUCAACAUCUGGGAAACCCAAGUUGGGCUAUACCAAGGUGCGAAUUUAGGUUUGUUAAAGACAGUCUUUGAAGUGAAUAUCACGUUGUUUGGAAAAAGCAAGUUGGAUUCCAGUAACGACCACAAGGUGUUGUUGUUGAUUGUUAUUCGAGAUCAUGUGGGAACGACUCCCGUUGAAAGUUUGGCCGACACCAUUACCCAGGAUUUGAAAAAGAUUUGGGACUCAUUGCUGAAGCCAAGCGAGUUGAGCCAUUUAAAAUUUGAGGACUUUUUUGAUUUGGAUUUCCAUGCAUUGAACCAUAAGAUACUUCAGCCGAAAGAAUUCUUGGAGGGAAUCGGAAGACUAGGGGACAGAAUGGUCAAAGAGGGUGACCUCUUCAAGCCUGAGUAUCACCAUAGUAUUCCUGUUGAAGGCUGGACGUUAUAUGCUGAAAAGUGUUGGGAGCAAAUUGAAAACAACAAGGACUUGGAUCUACCAACUCAACAGAUUUUAGUUGCACAAUUCAAGUGUGACGAGAUUGUCGAGCAAAUGUACCAAGAGUUUUUGAGAAAAUUUGGUGAAUUGUUUAAAGUGGUUGAAAAUGACCCAUCGUAUGAAGACAUUGGUGCCGUGUUUAUUGACUUAAAGCAUGAUAUACUUGAAGAGUACGACCACGCGGCAGCCAAAUACAACAAGUCUGUCUACGAACAAAAGCGUGUCAAGUUAGAGUCAUUGAUCCACUCCAAAUUCAAAGAACUCUUUGAUACAUACGCUAAACAGUUGGUUGAAACCACCACAUCUUCGUUUAGGGUUGAUUUAGCGGCAUUAAAAGGAAAAGAUUUUGUUCAACAGAGCAAACAGUUGUCAGAAAAGGUUAUAAACUUGAUUGAAACGAGUUUAGGCUUGAUUUCAUUGGAGGGAGUAUUUGAAUAUAAUGAUGUCAUUGAGCAAGUUGAAAAAGCGAUCAGCUCUACAAUCACAAAGCAGCAAAAGGUUGAAUUGGAUAGUAUUGUAAAUAAGGCUACCAAAAAAUUGUCCACCAGCUUGUCUAAAACGAUACAAUUUGAGCUUAAUGAUCCCAGUGAGACCACUUGGGACAUAAUUUUGAAACAAUUUGACAGUUACAUCAACGAAUUCGUUUCCAAGUAUAAGGGCGAUUUUGGCUUGAAUACUUCAGAAACUGAUAAUGAAGAAGCUGUCAAGAAAUUCAAGUUCAAAUCUUGGAACAACUUUUACGAUCUUAUCCACAAGUUCAUCUACAAGGAGAGGGUUCUUGACAUCUUACAAAGCAGAUUCGACGACAAGUUUAGGUAUGAUUCUAAUGGUUUACCCAAGUUGUAUCAGGAUGCAAGAGAAUUGGAAGCCAACUUUGCUAUUGCUAAGGAAUAUGCUUUAGUGGUUUUACCCGUUCUUACUAUUGCAAAACUCAGCGAUGACUCGGAGAUUGUACCAGAGUUUGAUAUAUUUAAUGCAAAAUUGCGGGCUCAGUAUUUAGGCUUGAAGCUGAGCCAAAGUGAUGAAGACGAAGAUGAAGACAACGACGAGUCACAGUCAUUUUCCGAUAUCAUUGAUGAAACUGAAAAGGCACAAAUUCACUCAAAAUUCAAGAAAGAGAUUGAUGCCAAAUUUGUCGAAACGAAACGUUCCAUUGUUCUGCAUGUUACACAAAUUCCUUACUACAUUUAUCUCGUUAUAAUUGCAUUAGGGUGGAAUGAAUUUAUGGCAAUUGUGCGUAACCCAUUCACAUUUGCUCUUGUUAUUGUGUUGGCGGCAUCAGUCUACGUGUUGUAUACUUUGAAUCUUUUAAAGCCAGCAAUUUCUGUUGGCCAGAGAUUAAUUGAUGAUAUAGUGGUUAUAGCAAAGGAAAAGUUGAGGGAGGUAUUGAUUGAUGACCACGAGAUCCAAGCUCGUAACCUUGACAAGAUGACAGGAAAGGUGAAGCAGGCAAGUUUUGAAGAUGAAAUUGAACGGACAAAGGAGCAGGAAAAGGUUGUGGAGGGGGGUCACAAAGAGAAGGAUGAGAUUGAGUAG